CCUACUGGUCAUGGAUGCUUUAAGAUUUCUGAUGUUUGUUUCAAGUCUGAGCUUCUUUCUCUCUACCAGCAGUGCAGUCCAGAUGUGUGACAUGGUAAAUGAAAUCAAAUUGGAGAGGGAGCGAUGUGAAAACAGAACUGCUGGGAAUAUAACAUCAGGCUGCAAAGGAAUGUGGGACGUCAUCACCUGCUGGCCGUCAGCCAAAGUUGGAGAGCUGGUGGUAAUUCCUUGUCCGAACUACUUCAGCUACUUCAGCGAGCACCACAGUGGAGGUAAUCUGUCCAAGACUUGCACAGAACAUGGCUGGACUGAAGUGCUCCCCAUAACAAUUACUGUGAAUUGUGGAUAUAAUCCCAAUGGCACUGUUGAUGAUGAUACUUUCUUCCGGUCGGUUAAAAUUGGCUACACCAUCGGACACAGUGUUUCUCUGAUCUCUCUGACGAUGGCCAUAAUCAUAUUGUGCAUCUUCAGGAAACUCCAUUGCACAAGGAACUACAUUCACAUGCACCUGUUUGUGGCCUUCGUCUUGAAAGCCAUUGCGGUGUUGAUAAAAGAUGCCGUCCUCUACGAUCUCAAUCAGGAGUCAGACAACUGCUCCACUGGCUCUGUUGGCUGCAAAGUUGUGAUUAUCUUCUUCCAGUAUUGCAUUAUGGCAAGUUUCUUCUGGCUCCUGGUCGAGGGCCUGUACCUCCACGCCCUACUGGCUGUCUCUUUCUUCUCAGAGAGGAAAUACUUCUGGUGGUACAUCCUGAUUGGCUGGGGAGGGCCGAUGAUUUUCAUCACACCCUGGAGCUUUGCCAAAGCCUAUUUCGAUGAUGUUGGGUGCUGGGAUAUUAUUGAGAACUCAGACCCGUUCUGGUGGAUCAUCAAAACUCCUAUAUUAGCUUCUAUACUGAUGAACUUCAUCCUGUUCAUUUGUAUCAUACGCAUACUGCGGCAGAAGAUCAACUGCCCUGACAUCGGGAGAAAUGAAUCAAAUCAAUAUUCGAGGCUGGCUAAAUCAACUCUGUUGUUGAUUCCGCUGUUCGGGAUAAACUACAUCAUAUUUGCAUUCAUCCCAGAGCACAUCAAAACAGAGCCGAGGCUGGUGUUCGACCUCAUCCUGGGUUCCUUUCAGGGCUUUGUGGUAGCUGUCCUCUACUGCUUCUUAAACGGAGAGGUUCAGGCUGAGAUUAAGAGGAAGUGGAGAAGGUGGCAUCAGGAGAGGUUCCUGGGCUCCGGCACUAAGUACCAGCACCCGUCUAUGAGCAGCACCGGCAACAACUUUUCCACUCAGAUCUCCAUGCUGACGCGGUGCAGCCCUAAAACUCAGCGAGCCUCCACCUCCCAUGAUGACUCCUCUAUCACCACAUAGCUCAACAGAGUCACCUGAUACGGGACAAUAGUCGUCUGUAGAUCCACUCAUGCUGUGUGUCAUACGCAUCAAGAUAUGGGUGCAAGAUUCUGUGAAGUUCCUCUCAAUUCAGAUGGCAUGAGGGUACCACAAGCACUCCGCAUCACAUUCUCUUGACAUGUGAGCUACGUAUGGCUCAGAGGUGAAUGUUUAAAAGGUAUUUCCAUAUAACAGCAUAAAUUUUGUUUGGAUCAAUGACAUGAUUGCAGUGAUGUGCUAUAACCAGUGUUAGAAAUAUCAGGUAUAUCAGCCAAACAAUGGGCCUCAUUUAUCAAUCUUUUAGUAAAGUUGUGUGUCUGCGUAAGCCAAAUUUACAAAAAAAAAAAAAAAGAUUCACUUCCAUGCCAACAAAAAUAAUGAAUAAUGUAUAAUAUUAAUAACAAUAAGUGAGUGUUAAAUCUUCCAUCAGCUGAAGCAUUUAUUUAUAGCUUACGGCUAUGCACAGACAGACCAGCCCUCCUUUUGUUUCUUGUGUCAUAUUUGAAUAAUUUGUCUUAUUUGUCUUCAUUCGUGGUUGUGUUCAUUUUUUUUCUUUAUUUUUUUAUGUUUUUAUUUGAUGCCAAAAAUAUAAAAUAACUGGU